ACCUGAUAAAUGGUUCAGGGAAUUCAGAGGCAUAAUGCCAGUUAGUGUGACCCGUUCCUAUCACUCAGAGUCCAGAUAUGGCUCUUCUUACUCUCCCUCAGCAUACUCUUCAUCCUACCGCUCGCCCCUCUCAACAUCUACCUACCGGAGCACUUAUACUUCAUCAUACCGGUCAACUUCUGGACUUGAUGAUUCUUACACCAGCUCUCGAGAUAAAAGUGACACCAAUGAAUCCUAUUCCUCUUCACUUGGUAAAUCAAGAGACUAUACCAAAAGCCGAUCCCUCAGCAAUGCCGAGACAGCUCUCAAAGGCAGCAGUUUAACAUCUCGCCGACCUUCAGCUACAUCCUCCACUUACACAUCUCCAGUGCUGGAUAUAUCCAAGUAUUCCCCUUCAAACUAUGUGACUGGGUCAGCUCGCUCGUCAUCAAUCUCCUCGACUUCCUCUGCAGGGUCCACCACAAGCAGGCCUCCAAGAGGCUCCUUCAGCUCUCUACGCGACCCUUCCUACACCCCCUCCACAUCUCUGCGGUCCUCCAGAUACACUGAACAGGAGAGUGACCGUGAAUUGUCCUCACCGAGCAAAUCAUCCAAGACAUCUCAUGACCAAAAGGGACUCACGGGGCUCAACAAUAUAGGCAACACUUGCUUCCUCAACUCUAUUGUGCAGUGCCUUAGCAACACAAGGGUGAUCAAGGAAUAUAUCCUCAGUGAUGAAUAUCUUAAUGAAAUAAGACCCUCAGUAAAGUCAGCUCUUAUGAAAAGAUUUGCUGAACUGAUAAAAAACCUUUGGCAAGGAGACCAAAAGUCACUUUCCACUCACAAUUUCAAGCUGGAAGUUGAUAUUGUUGCCCCUCGUUUCACGGGCUAUCUUCAACAAGAUGCUCAGGAGUUCUUGCGCUAUCUCCUGGAAGGAAUACACAAUGAGAUAAAUCGUAUUACAAGUCGACCUAAGCCACUGACAGAAGAAAUCGACGAUGAUUUGGAUGAUUCACAAAAAGCUUUGGAAGUGUGGAAGCGAUAUCUGAGAUUGGAGAACAGCAAGAUUGUAGAUACGUUUGGUGGUCUGCUCAAGUCUAUAUUGGAGUGUACUCACUGCAGCCAUAAAUCCACCACAUUUGAGCCGUUUUGGGAUUUGUCGCUGCCAAUUCCAGACACCCUUACUCACCCAGGCAAACUUAUGCUUUCUCAUUGCUUCGAUCUUUUUACUAAGGAGGAGGUGCUCGACGGAGAUGAAAUGCCGACUUGUUCCAAGUGCAAGACUCGGCGGAAAUGCAAGAAGAGAUUUGUAAUUCAGAAAUUCCCCGAAGUUCUUGUCAUUCAUCUUAAACGGUUUUCUCUGGGAAGCCGAGCUCGCAAAGUAGACAGUUCCAUCGAGUUCCCAGUGACAAAGCUGGAUAUGGGGCCGUACUCAGCGGAGAGCCAAUACAAGAACUUGCUCUAUGAUCUGUACGCAGUCGUCAACCACAAUGGGACUUGCUACACUGGCCACUAUACUGCGUACUGUAGACAUCCAUAUUCUCACGAGUGGUACAUAUUCAACGACAGAAGUGUGCUCCCAAUGUCAGGAGAAAACAUGCCCAAGAGGGAUGCUUACGUAUUAUUCUACGAACAAACCGCCUCUACCAACUUGUAAACAUCUGAGCUGAUCAAAGUUGCUAGUUUUAUGUUUUUUAUAUUAUCAUCUCUUUUGUCAUGAAACGUUGGUUUUGUAAUUCCUACAUUGAAUAUUGAUGAAUGUACCAUAUAUUCAUUGGAAAGUUGUUAAUCUAUGCAGUUCACUGGUGUUUUGUGUUUAGUAUAAUUUUUGAAACCUUAUAACAAAUAACAUUUCACUCCACAAUGUUAUUACUUUUAGAACACCCUGGCUUACUUUUAAAGUCUUUGUUUGUGUGGAAAUUAUAUAUAUCUUAUAUUAAAUUUCUAAUUAACGUUAGAUGAAUUAAUCCCAUCUCUGUAAAAGUUGUGAUAUUUGCUGUUCGUGUACUGUAAUGAAGAGAUAUACCCUCUGUAUGGUCAAGUGAUUUGCCUUACUAAUGGUAUUCGAUAUAGUAUUUUUUGUAAGCUCACUUUGAUAACACCAUUUAUAACACUGUUGUUGUUGGUUUUAAAUAAUACCAGUUUCCUUAAAAAAUAUGUAGUCAUAAACUGCUAAAUAUAGACAUCACACUGUUUAGCCUGAUGGCUAGUUAUAUAGUUUAAAAUAUAAUUCUUUUAUUAUAUACUCAUUAAGUUCACCAACUAUUAUAACUCUAUGUGUUGUGUUAUUUUGCUCAAUGACAAUUAGUUUAAACUCUUAAUUUAACAGCUUUUAAAAUCAAACUAGUUUACUACUAUAUAAAAGUAAGCCAGGAUUAAAUUAAUGUAACAGUUCAUCAUUCAACAUUCACCAACUUAAUGUUCUACAUAGUGGGUACCUACUUGUGCCAUUUAUGUACUGUACUUACUUAAGGAAUAACUCAUCACCUCAUCUAAAAUGCUUAGUAAUUGUGCUUUAUUCUCGCAGUAUAGAGCUGUUGUUAUUCUCAAGAAGUAGAUUUUACAUGUUUCCCAAAUAUCAAUAUAGGUAGGUAAAGAUAAGGGAGCCUAUUAUAUUUUAUCUAGUUAAUUGCAUUAAGGUGAUAUUUAUUACAAAAUUAAAACAAUUUUAGGUUACAUUGAAGAAGGGGUACGAAUACCAAUACCUUCUAUUUAUCUUUAUUACCACAUUGCAGAUCCAUGUGGUUCAGGGGAGUCGCUAGUGAGAAUGACCAACAUUAUUUUUAAUUUUAUAUGUUUUUUCUUGUUCUAUGUUGUGUAUAAGAAAAACAAGACAUAUGGUAUGAUGUAUAUUUUUAUCUCUUUGAAAAAAUAUUUGAAGUGGAGCGUGCGCACCUGUUUCUUUAGUUACUGAGUAACUAGUAUAAACUUCAACCGCUGUUUUCCGCAACUUUAAAAUUUUACAUUAUUUUUUACAUAUAAGUUCUUAUAACUUUUUAACUAUUAAAGCUAGCCAUAUGAUUGGAAUUUUUACCACACAUUGUUUAUAUGUACUAUAAAUCUACUCUUCUGCAUGGAUACUGAGAUAUAUUAAAUAACAUACAAAAACAUACAAAAAUACAUACAAAAAUUAAAAAGAUUAAUUACAUAGGCAUUUUUUUUAGUUAUUUAUGAAGCCAUAACACAUAACCUAAUUGAGAAAAAAACAUGAGUAUACACAAAUAGUUAGUACUUCUUAAAACAAUAAAAUUGGUUCAGUACUGGUAGUUAAAAGCUACAAGAGAUUUAAUAAACCCAAUUUUCCCCCUGAAAAACCCCAAAAAGUAUGUAAAAAAUAUGUUUUUACUUUAACAGCAGUAAACCUUUUUCUAAGACUAAAUGAACCUAUAAAAUUAUAUAUGAUAAUUUUUAAAAGGAUUUUUUUUUAAAUCACUAGUUUCAGUAGCGACUCUCCUUAAGGGGCUGAAAGCUAAUUUUCUAUGGAGCUGACUAUCCUGAGCAUAUCUCAAUGCUACAGUUGAUUUUUACCUAAUUCAGUUGUCUGUUAGGUAUUUGAAAUUGACCCCGCAGUAAAUCUAUAAUAUUGAAAAAAAUUCCAUUUCCUUAUUUCUAUUUUUUUCUAGAGAAGCAACAUUAUGUACAUCCAUUAACCUGCCAAGUUCUUCAGUUAUUAUCUAGAAGCUAGACUGGGUACUUUUAUGGUCCUGUAUGUCUUGUAUUUAACUUGUAUAUUUUUAUGGGAUGCACCAGUAAUCUUUUGUGGAAUAUUUUAAAAUAUUAAGUCACUAUUUUAUAUAAAACUAUACCGGCUGGAUUAGCGGCAUCCCAAGUUCUUUGAGUUUUUAACCUGUUAAGUUUGGUAAAAGUCUGCAUUGCCGCCUACACUCCUUGCGUUGUUAUUUGGUAGAGAUUCUUGAAGAAUUAUUUUCAAUUUUUUUUUUUUUUAUUGGUAAGAAACUAAGAGACCUUGCCGAACAAGUAAAUCUGCGAUAUAUCUACAAUGUGGUAUAAAAGACAGUAAUUUAUUAUGAAAUUACCUUUACUCGUGUUAAAUCCAUACAAAUAAAAAUUAUAAUUCUCAAUAUUUGAGAUCCCGUAAGAGGGUUUUGUUAUUAGACCCGAAAUAUAACUUAUUAUUUUUGUAAAUAAAACAAUCAUUAGUCAUCACAGUGACAAAUCACAUCACUUUAAACCGUCCUCGAUAUAAUCAAUAAUCAUAGAUAUUUUAUUAUUAUAUUAAGCUUUAUCAGAGUAUAUAGAAAAGUAUUUUAAAAGAGCAAUUUAAAAGUAUUUUUAUUAGUAUUAAAUUUAUUUUUUUGUAAUUUGUGUUAAGUUACCAAGAUUUUGUAAAUUUAUGUAUUUUACUGUUGAGUUUGUUGUUAUAUUGUUUAUUUAAAUUUAAUUUAAUCUAUAGCCUUAGCCACUAACCCACUCAUCUUUAAUUCAACAUCAAACUUAAAUAUAUGCUUGAAUAAUCUAACCAUGUUAAAAAAAACUAAAUAAUAGUUUGAAGGCUAAGCAUUGUUUUAUGAUCCAAGCAAUGAAUACAAACCCUUUAAUAAGCGCAAUGCCUUUGUAAAAAAUUCAAUCUGAAAAUUUUUAAUUUUUCAUAGUUCUUGCUGCGGCCGCUAGGUAUUGCAAGCGUGAGGCCAAGUCGAGUGAGACAAAGAAUUGGCUUAUAGGGAGAGAGUAGCGUGGCGGCCACCCGAGCGAUUGUAGCGGCGGCCGCUCAAGGUUCAUUUUGGUGGCAAAAUUCCAGUUUAAAUAUUCUCCAUAAGCAUUUCGCUUCUUUAAGGGUUUGUAUUCAUUGAUUUAAGUGGAUGCAUUGUUAAUUUGUAAUUUCAUUACUAAUUAAACAAUUAGCAGUUUUUUAUCUUGUGAGUUUGAUUACAUAGAUGGGAUUUUAGUGGGCAAAAGUGUAUUUAUGAUGAGAUCCUGAAAUUUUGAGAGUUGAUAGAGCAGCAUUUGUUUAGACAUCUUUAAGUAUAGUGUUCUUAGGUAGUGUGAAUUAUUACCUUUGUUUUUUUUUUAUUUAUCUUAUUUAAUGGACUGAUUCCAAUAACUAGAGAGCCCAAUCAAAAUUCCAGUAUUUAAUAUUGUUUAUCUUACACCAUUUAUUAUUUUCUUAUAUUUACUAAACUUUAAUUUAAAACCAUUUCACAUUUUCUAAAAAUGUAAUUCACAUUUCUUGGUUUACUCAAUGUUAUUCCUAUGAAUGGUAUAAAUUUAAAAUGUUGUAUGUACAACAUAUAUAUAUAUAUAUUUAUUUAUUUAUACUAUUUAUAGUAUGUUAUACACACAAUAUGUUUUGUCACAAAAACACAUUUGAAAACUUUGAAUUAUGUGGCUCUAAUAUAAAAAACCCGUUUUUUAAAAGGAACAAGUUAUUCUAUUUUUAACCUGAAAAUUAACUGAUUUAUUUCAUGUUUAUUAUAUUCUUUUUAGAUCUGGUCAUCUUGACAAUAUGUAGCACAGAAUAAUGUUUGACCUAUUAUAUAUGAUAAAACAUAUUAACUGAUGGAUUCAUUUUUAUAGAUAAAUUAUAGAUAUUUAUUGUACUAGCUUCCACAAUGAUAGAAAUGAAUAUGAUUCAUUGUGAAUAUUGUGAUCCCUCCGUCCCAAGUAUUGCUUAUUAACAAUGCAACAUCACCAAGCAUUUAUGUGAUGAGGACAUCACUCAGUAAAAAAAUUGAGGUAAUCUGUGAAUCCCAAAAACUUCUAGAGCUUCAUUAACGACCAUCUCGAGUCAUUCUAACCGGGUUGCCAUUCUGGUUUGUUAUGUAUUUAUCCAAGCUCUGUUUCACGAUCAAACAUUUUUUUACUGCUUUGCUAAUGUUAGUUAUUGUUAGUAUGUACACCGUUACACAUUAAGUUUACCCGUCACUCUGUAUCCUCUCUUCACACCUUAAUAUUAUGUGUGCACCUAAUACACGCUAGAACUGGGCUCUGUUCCCUGAUUAUUCUAUGCACUGUUGUACAACAUGUAAUAAAACUCAGUUAUUUUGUGCCAA